UCUACCCAAACUGAAGAGACCAAGCGGAUGUCUGAGAAAAUGAAGGGGUCGUCGAUGCGACCUCCACCCUCGGCUAAGACCUUCUGAGACGUUGGGCGAUCCGGGGAAGCCGGGAGGUCUGGAAAGCUUCCCACCAAAGGCGACCGGGCAAAAGACAACUGAAGCGGCGUUAGAGGGACAGUACGCGUGGAGACUCCGGCUCCCCACCCCGCCUGCUCCAGGGGCGUGUUUUUAUCCUCCCAAACUGGGAUCCACUCGCGCUCCCAUGCAGCGGCUUCCCUCACGCGCCGCGCAUCUUUCGGGUCCUCCCUGCAAGCGAGGCUAUCGAGGAGCUACACCCACGGGUGUAAGGAGACAUCCACGCGGAUCCACACUAGAGAGUAAGAAUAAUAAAGUUCAGAGCAUUCUUUGUUCACACUUGGCUGGAAGGAUGGUCGGUUUAAAACUUUUGUUAUGCAAGAUGAAAGGAGAAAAAGGAAACCAUCCCUAUGUAGUAGGAGUCCUCUUUGGUUUCUUCUUGGCUGUCUUUCCUGGCAGCAGUGCCUGUCCUAAGCUUUGUGCCUGCUAUGUACCGACUGAAGUCCACUGCACCUUCCGAUAUCUUACUACUGUCCCUUUGCAUAUCUCCCAAAAUGUGGAACGCAUCAAUUUAGGUUACAACAAUUUGGUUAAACUGACUGAGACAGAUUUUUCUGGCCUGGAGAAACUGGAGUUGUUGAUGUUACACAGUAAUCAGAUACAUACAAUUCAAGAAAAGACAUUCUCUGAUUUACAUUCGUUAAAGAUCUUAAAGAUGAGCUAUAAUCAGAUCAAACUUAUUCAAGCAGACACAUUUCAUGGUCUCGUGGCUUUGGUACGUUUGCACAUGGAUCAUAAUAAAAUUGAAUUUGUAAACCCAAAAGCUUUAUAUGGUCUCACAUCGCUGAAGUUAGUCCAUUUGGAAGGAAAUUUACUUAAACAACUUCAUCCAGAUACUUUUGUCACUUUGCGGUACCUCGAGGUGUUCAGAACAUCUGUUAUAAAGCAUAUCUACCUGUCAGACAACUUCCUGACUUCUCUGCCACAAGACAUUUUCUCAUAUAUGUCUGAACUAGAAAGCCUCUAUCUUCAUGGAAACCCUUGGACUUGUGAUUGUGCUUUGAAAUGGUUUGCCAAAUGGGCAGAAAGGCAUUCGGAUGUUGUAAAAUGCAAAAAGAGCAGAGAGGCUACAGAUGCACUGCAAUGUCCACUAUGCACCAACCCCAGGAAUUCUAAAGGGAAACACUUAACUAAAAUUUCACUGUCUUCAUUUAACUGUAGUAAACCAACUGUAGAUACAGAUUUAAAAUUGAAAACUAUAACUGUGGUAGAUGAUGGAGAACUCACUUCAGUGUCUCCCAAAGAUUUUAUGGCCCCUAUAGGAUCUAUGUCAUUAAACUUAAUAGACCAAACAGGAAAUCAAGCAAAUAUAGCUUGUAAUGUACAGAAACCUUCAAAAAUAUCUCCAGUUAUAUUUAAAAAAACUGAUAACAAUACACUACUUAAAAUAUCGUUAUCAACUUUUCUUAAGUGUAGCAUUGAGCAGGAUCAUAUUCAUCAACUGUGGAGUAUUCUUGCUCUUUAUAGUGAUUCUCCGCUAAAAUUGAGACAGGAACACUUACUAACAGAAAUGCCUUCUAUCAAGUACAAGUACAAACAAAUAGAUUCUAAAAAUGAGGAACUUUUCACUAACAUAGAAGCUGAACUGACAGCUGAACCUCAUUGGCUGAUGCAGAGUCAAGUGUCAAUGCAAUUGGACAGGACUGCAACUACACUCAAUAUGCUGCAUAUCCAAUAUUCAAUAGAUGCUCAAAUCAUUCUUCCUGAUGAUGUCCCAAAGCCCACCAAACAAAUGUGGGCCAUGAUCUUACAAGACAAGAAUUCCAAAACUGAACAUUCAGUUUUAGUUAAUGGUUCUGUAGAAUUGGAUUGCCAAGCAAUUGGAGCCCCUACCCCUGUAACAGAGUGGCUGUUACCUGAUGGGACCAAGGUUAAGGCUCCAUAUGUAAGUGAAGAUGGAAGAAUAGUGAUAGAAAAAUCUGGUAAACUCUUACUACAUUCAGCAGAUUAUUUUGACACUGGACUUUAUCACUGUAUAGGAACCAACUAUGCAGAUGCCGAUGUCUUGACAUUUAGAAUUACAGUGAUAGAUCCAAAUUUGAAGCACAACCUUUUAAAUGGAGCACAGCUUUCAGUAUUUUUAGGUGAAAUUAUUGAUCUUCCCUGUCCCUCUACAGGUGUCCCAGAUGCUUCUAUUAAUUGGGUCAUACCAGGAAAUAUGAUUCUUCAUAGUUCUUUUAAAAAUAAACAUCUGUUUCACAAUGGUACAUUAAAAAUACAACCAACAACAGAACAAGACAAUGGCUAUUUUAUGUGUAUAAUAGCCAAUAAAUAUGGUGUGCAUUAUUUAGUUUACCAAGUACUGGUUAAAAGGAAUUUGAGCAAGUUCCAACAACUCACAAAAAAAGAUACUCAAGUAGAUACUGAAGCAACAGAAGGAUCUGGCAAUCAAGAACAUGACUUUACUGGCCAAAUUCAAAAUUUUCCUUCUACUAUUCCUGCCGAGGUAACCAGCCAAGCAUCUAUGCAAAGUUCAUUUACAAAUUAUUUUAUACACAAUAAAACCAAAAGCAAGUACAAAGAAAUCUACAGGACCAAUAGAGGCAAGAUAAGCAGAAGAUUUAGAGGACAAAAGAGAUUUGGUCUUUCUACUAAGAGAAUCAAUUCAUUGCACUGGGCAACAUUUUUAGAAAAAACAAGGAAUAUCACAUUGUUAAGAAGACAAGAAAAUAUAACAGUAAAACCAACAGAAAAUGCAUUUUUGUCUUCAAAGAGUUCAGAAAAUGAAGGAGAGAUAUCUGGGGAUGAUAUAUUAGCUGAGAAAGAACUUAUGUUUCUAGCCACUAGAAAACCUUCAAAAUAUACUUUGAGAGAAGCAUCAGGAAAUGUAGUGACAGCAAAAUUUGGAAGUAUGUCAGAUAAUUACAGCUCUUUUGCAACAUAUAACAUAGUUACAGAACCAGAACCUUCAGCAACCAGUUCUAUGGUUAUGCAGUCUGAGAUACCUAUAGACCAGAACUGGCUAAAUAAACCAAAACCUGAAAUGGAUGGAAUAGGCCUUGAAAGAUAUCAAACACUGCCUACGCCACAAACCCUGAUGGAAGCAACAAUGCCAUCAUUGUUUAAAGAACCCAACAGUGCAGCAAACACUUCAAAUUCUUUUCAGAGAUUGAUAACAUCUGAAGAAGGUAAUGUCUAUUUUAAAAGCAAAGCAACAGUAAUACCAACAGUGGCUAUUACUAAUAAUAGCCAAUUUAUAAUUUCACACACAAUUGUUGAAAAACCUGAUUUAUUGGCAGAGAAUGCUGAGAAAGCAUCAAAAAACCCAAGCCAUCAAGUACCCACAGCAGCAGUCAGUCUGUCUAACGAUGCAUCACAACAUGGCUAUAUUUACAGUAGAAAAAAAAUAAUAUUACAGGUAUCUCCAGGCCCAGCCAUUCUUGGCGAUCAACAGAUUGAGGUAGUUAAGGAUUCUGCAACUCAUAGUCCAUUCCCCAGAUGGUACAGCAGACGAAGAAAAACCUUUGGAAGAAGACGAAUAAUUAAACCUGACUGUAUUUCCAAUAAUGCAGGGCAUAGAUUUACUUUUCCUAGAUCAGGGUUUGUUCCAGAAAGCUCAAGUCUUACUUUCCCUGCAGAAAUAAGCAUACAAACUCCUUCCAACAUAUCAGUUGAAUCAUUUACCCCACAAACAUUUAUGUAUACAUCGAUCAAACCUCAGUAUCCAAAAUCAACAAUUUCAAGUCACACUGUGAUGUCCUCAAGUAACAAGAUAAAUACAGAUGAAGUGUAUGAAGCUUCUACAAGUAUCCCCUUCUAUUCUAAAAGUACACAAGUUGUUCCACAAAGAAAAAUAAAAUCAGGUACACAUCGAGCAAUCCCUGACAUAGAUCCAUCAGCUAACAUGGAUAAAUCUAAGCUUAACUUAAAAAGUACAUUUACUAAAGCUAAUAUAUCACCUUUCAUGAUCAAAUCCACUAUUCCCUCUUUUAGUAUCCACGAUGUCUCUUCUAGUGUUUCAAAUGGAGAAAUACCUUCACAUAAUUCUUUUGUUACCAGCUAUAUUCAAAAAGAGCUACAGCAGAAGCAAUCCAUAAUACAAACAAAGCCCUCAUCUGAAAUAUAUGUUACAGAUUUUCACAUCUCAGGGCCAACAUACAAAAAUUCAUCAAUAUAUGAAACUGAUGUUUCCAAAAGUGACAAUCAAACUGAUGUUCCUAGAGACUCAGUUGAACGUAUCAGUGAAAAUGUAUCAUUACUAAAAGACAAUCCAACAUUAUCACUCAGUACUACAGAAUCACCAUCCAUAGUGCCUAUGUACAACUUUACAACAGAUCUUAAUAAAGAAACUGAUACUACAAACAACCAACUGAUACAUAAUCCAACUACCAAUGUUGCAAACAAGUUUUCCAAACUUAAAACAUUUCGACGACAAAGAAAGAAAGGUCAAAGGAGGAGAAGACCUCUGCAGAAGUCAAUGCCUUUUCACAGAAACAUUUUGGUCAAUAAAGGAUUUGUCACUCCCUUUAUUCCUUCUCCUAUUAUGAAAACAAUGAAAAAUGUAACUGAACCUCCUAGUCUUAUACUGACUGAAUUGUUUUCAAAAUUCACUACUAUGGACAUAGUUACAGUUACACCACAACCACCAAUUCUUAGCACAGCAGAUAUAAAAAGAGAUAAUACAUUCUUAGCUACUGCUCAGGAAUCCCUUGAAAAUACUUACAACAUUAAGCUACCAAUGGAACUGUCAUCUGAAAAGCUUUCAUCUACAGCUCCACAGUUUGAAAUGUCAUUGGAUACAACAAAGAUAAGCACAGUAUUACCAGACACAUCCUUGGUAACAACUGGACCAAUGUUUACUAAAGUACCACAAACUACUAGACGAGCAGAUAAGGAAUCUUACCAGUAUGUAGGACUAACAGCAACUCCAAAAAUACAAAUAACAAAAACGGCUCUUCAUGUGAAAAAGGAGAUAAAUCCACAGAUUCCUACUAAUGCAAUUUACAUGACCACUAGUCCAUUAGUAUCCCAAACAAGGUUAAUCCAAACUACACAAACCACUUCAUCUCCUAGAUGGGGUAAAAUAUCAUGGCAGUUUCCAUUGUCUAAAAUCAGAGAUACUGGAAAACCACUCAUAACUAACACAGUAUUAAAAUCACCUCAAAGCUCCACCCUUUAUACCCCUUUGUGGAAGAUAGAUAAGAACAAUUACAUCAAAAGAAUAGACCAAGUAGCCACCAUCACCAAUCCAGAAGAUUUAAAUUCAUUCUAUCAAACCAGAUUGGCAAAACCCAGAAUAAGUGGGGGGAAAUUUGCAGUGUUUACUGUCCUGGCUAAUUCAGAUGCUUUCAUUCCAUGUGAAGCCAAUGGUAAUCCUCAACCAACCAUCCAUUGGACCAAAAUAUUAGCAGAGUCUGAUGCAUCAAAAAACAGACACCAUAACAGAUUUGAGAUUCUUCCCAAUGGUACACUCUCCAUUCAGAAUGUCAACAUCCAGGAUCGUGGACAGUACUUGUGCGUGGCUGCCAAUCAACAAGGUUCAGACAAGCUUCUGGUCACUUUGUCUGUGGUUACUUAUCCACCAAGAAUUCUAGGGAAAAGUUCCAGGAUCAUUACUGUCCAUUCUGGCAAGCCAGCAUUUAUGAGGUGUGCCUCUGAAGGCCAUCCCAUUCCUUCUAUAACUUGGAUCCUCGCAAAUAAAACUCAUAUCUCUGAAUUUUCAGUAGAAAAUGAGGCUGUUUCUCUGCACUCAGAUGGCACUUUACUGAUCAAGAAAGUCAGUGUUUAUGACAGAGGGAUAUAUACCUGCACAGCAAAUAAUCCAAUUGGCUCAGAUACUAUGGCAAUCAGGUUGCAAGUCAUUGCUGCACCACCCAUUAUACUGGAAGAUAAGAAGCAACUUAUACUAGAGACUAUGGGUGAAAGUUUGAAGUUUCCUUGCACUGUCAAAGGAGACCCUCAUCCAACUGUUCACUGGGUCCUCCCUGAUGGAACAGAGAUGAAACCACUGCACUACCUGAAUGGCAAGGUUUUUUUGUUCCCCAAUGGAUCACUUCUUAUCAGGAGUAUAGUUCCUUCUGACAGCGGGAAAUAUGAAUGUAUAGCUACAAGCUCCACUGGUUCAGAAAGGAGAGUAGUACUACUUCAAGUGGAACGCCAAGAUAUAAUACCCCGAAUUGGAGCUACAUCCCAAAGAUUGACUCAAUUGAAUUUUGGGAAUAGAUUACUUCUAAAUUGCUCAGCUACAGGGGAGCCAAAACCCAGGAUAAUGUGGAGAUUACCUUCUAAAGCUGUUGUUGACCAGUGGCACAGAAUGGGGAGCCGAAUCCACGUGUAUCCCAAUGGAUCCUUAGUUAUUGAGUCAAUCACAGAAAAGGAUGCAGGUGAUUAUAUUUGUGUAGCAAGAAACAGAAUGGGCGAUGAUUUGACCCUUUUAAAAGUCAGUGUGACAAUGAAGCCUGCAAAAAUUGAUCACAAACAGUAUUUUAAGAAACUGGUACCUUAUGGGAAAGACUUCAAAGUGGAUUGUAAAGCUUCAGGAUCCCCUGAGCCAAAAAUAUCUUGGAGUUUGCCAGAUGGUACAACAAUCAAUAAUGCAAUGCAAGCUGAUGAUAGUGGGCAUAUGCUGAAGAAAUAUACUGUGUUUGACAAUGGGACUCUGUAUUUCAAUAAGGUUGGAAUGAUGGAAGAGGGGGAUUACACUUGCCAUGCUCAAAAUACACUGGGAAAAGAUGAGAUGAAAGUGCAGAUAAAAGUGAUUGCAGCUGUACCUCGUAUCAGGCAGAAUUCAAAGGCCUAUGCAAAGAUAAAAGCAGGAGAUGAUGCGUUCUUUGAUUGUGAUGCUAUAGGGGAACCUAAGCCAAAAAUAUUUUGGUUGUUGCCUUCUAACAAUAUGAUUUUAGCUUCUGCACAGAGAUAUAUUCUCCAUAUUAAUGGGUCAUUGUCAAUCAUUAAAGUAAGACUUUUAGAUGCUGGAGAAUAUAUAUGUGUAGCGCGCAAUUCUGGUGGAGAUGAGACCAAGGUUUAUAAACUAGAUGUAAUCUCUAAACCACCUCUGAUCAAUGGUUUGUAUUCUAACAAGUCUGUCAUUAAAGCAACAGCUAUAAAACACUCCAAAAAACAAAUAGCUUGUAAUGCUGAAGGAGAUCCAGUGCCGCAGAUUAUGUGGAUCAUGCCUGAUAAUAUUUUCCUAACAUCCCCAUACUAUGGAAGUAGGAUAACCGUACAUAGAAACGGGACUCUUGAAAUUCGCAAUGUAAGGUCUUCAGAUACAGCGGAGUUUAUUUGCAUAGCACGUAAUGAUGGGGGAGAAAGCAUGCUGGUAGUCCAUUUGGAAGUGCUUGAGAUCCUACGGCGCCCGAUUUUCAGGAACCCAUUUAAUGAGAAAGUCAUAGCAAAACCAGGAAAAACCAUAUUCUUGAACUGUUCUGUUGAUGGAAACCCACGUCCUGAGAUAAUUUGGAUAUUACCAAAUGGUACACGGCUCUACACUGGUAUUAGAACAUUACGGUUUUAUUUGGGAAGCAAUGGCACCCUUGUCAUCAAUAGACUUUCUAAAGCAGAUGCAGGAAAAUACAGAUGUUCAGCUAAAAAUCAAGUAGGCUACAUUGAAAAGUUGAUCAUAUUGGAAACUGGUGAAACACCUAUGAUUUUUAUCCACUCAGGAGGGACAAUAAAAAGCAUUAGUGGAGAAUCUUUAUCACUUCACUGUCUUGCUGCUGGAAGUCCCAAGCCAAACAUUAUAUGGACACUUCCCAAUGGCUUUGUCUUAGAUCGACCUCAAAUUAAUGGGAAGUAUACAUUACUGGAGAAUGGUACCUUACUUAUUAGAGAAACCAACAUUCAUGAUAGAGGAAAUUAUAUGUGCAAAGCUCAGAAUUAUAUUGGUGAUUCAACAGUGGUCAUUUUUGUAACAAUUUUGGGACAUUCACCAAGGAUCACAAAACGACCCCCAAGGAAUAUUCACACUGUGGCUGGGUUGGCGAUUCAGCUUCAUUGUAUGGCAUUUGGGAUACCAGAUCCAGAAAUUACAUGGGAGCUACCUAACCAUUCAUUAUUUUUCACAGGCAUCAAAGGAAAACUAUCUGGAAGUGAGAUUCUUCAUCCACAAGGAACAUUAAUAAUUCACAAUCCAAAUUCAUCAGAUUCAGGCAUAUAUAAGUGUGUGGCUAAGAAUCAGUUUGGCAAGGAUUUCACAGUGACGUAUGUUCAAAUUAUUUCAAAUAGGAAUAAAGUCUAAAAUGGAUCAUUUGGCUUUCAAAGAUAUUUAAUCAAAACCAGUCAAAAGGCAUUUCAAUUUUGGUGCUAUUACAAUUCUAACUUUACAGUUUGUCAAGCUAAAAGACAUAUAGGUUUUGGAAGAGUUUGCAUUACCUAGUGUCGAUUUUAAGACAACAUUAAAAAGUAACCUUAAAAUCUUAAGGCACUUAAGUUUCCAACAAAAAUAACAGUGAAAAUGACAACAUAUUCUCUAAAGAUACUUGCAAUACAAAAUAUUUAGCACAAUAAUGGAUUUUUUUAAAUGCUAGUUUUUAUUUCCCACUUGAUAGUAUAAACAUUGUAAAGCUAUUGAAAAACAGGAUUGCUGGUUUCAUUUAUUAUUGAUAUGAAUGACCAUUUUCUAAUUCUUGAUAGUUUCAAAUAUUUUAAAACAAAGAAUAUUGAUUUGCUUAUAAAACUACAAUAUUCUUUCAUGCAGAAGUCCUUUUGGGGGGCAGGAGAAGAAUAAAUAAAUAAUUAUUUCAUUUUUUUAAAUAAAGCUGCAUUAUUUUUUUGCAACAAAGUGCCAUCAAAACUGCAUGUGAAGAAAAGAAAAUGUAAAUAUUAAUUAUAUUGCCAAUUAUUGUAUGUGAGGAAAUAAUUUUAUGUAUCAUAGGUUUUAAAGCAUACUAUUUAUUAUUAUACUUUAUUUAAAGGCAAGAAACUGUGUUUCUUUUUAUGGUCACAUGAAAUUAAUAUAAUCUAGAAUGCUCUUAAAAUAACAGAAACAGUAUGUCCAAGAAUAUUGUCCUACUACUUUAUGUAUUAUGUACUAAACACAUGCAUAUUUUUUCUUAAAUUCUCUUCUCAGGGCAAAUUUUUAAAAUAUGCAAGAAAGAACAUAAUUACUAACUGAGAAAAGUUAACUGAGGAAGCGGAAAUAGCAAGGACAUCAGAAAAAAGUUACCAUGUAAUAUUGGAGAUGCUGAUUUGAAAGGAAGCUAAAGUUGAAUACAAAAAAACAUGUGUAUUCAACUUUUAAAAAAUCAAAUUUUAAUAAAGUUAGUAACAACAAAAAUGGUUUUGUGUUAGGGAGAAAGUGAUGAGAAAAAGAGCUUAAAAAUAGGAAUUUCUUUAAAGAGAGGAUGUACUAAAAAAAACAAUAAUUCCAAUGAACAACAAAUGGAAAACAGCAAAGUAAACUAAUGUUGCUGCAUAGCAUGUUGAGGAAAUGUAAUAAUUAUGAAAGUGAAAAUGAAAGAAAAAUAGCUGUGACCAUCUGAUCUGGUGUAAUCUUCCAAAUUCUUUGAUAUGGGUAUUCUACACCUCUUAGAAGAUGGUGCUAAUGUUGAAGAACAUCUUUGAUAGCCAAAAAUACCAUGUUAAAAACUGGACAGAGCUGUCUAGAAAUGAAUGUGCAUGGGAGGGAAUUGUUUAUAAAACUACAACUCCCAAAAUAAAAUUUAAAAAAGAUCAGCCUUCACAAUAAAAAAUUUAGUGGGAUUUGGAAGAUGGUGAAUGGAUUGAGAAAUGAAUGCCUAUAGCUUGUGGGCUACUUAAAAGAAACCCCUUGCCUGUUAAGAUCAAAAUUAAGAAUAAAUUCAUACUAAACAUUUACAGAUCCCAUAAGGCAUCUAGAUCAUUGAUUGGGGAGCAAGAAAGCACAAGAAAAUAAAUUUUAUUUAGCUUGAUUUAUCUGAAAUAUUUUUGAGGAAAUAUGUCUAAUAUCUAGUACAGGUAGAUGCUGCAGCUUAGCAUAAACUAUCAUAAAGAUGUUGAAAAACUUGAUCAAAGUGGAGAGUGGGAUCAGUAAAAGAGCAUAUCAAAAUAUACGAUUAUAACCUGUUAAAAUCAUUACAAAUAUUAUAAUCUUUUAAAAAUUGUUAAAGUCAUCAGGAUCACUGAUGACUAUAUACCCUACCUACCUCACUGAAUUUUUGUGAAUAAUGGUGUGUACAUUGCUCUGAAUCCAUUGUAUGUACACUGAAUGAAAAGUUUAAUAUACUAUAAAUCACCAGGUUGGAAGCCAAAAGAAAUUAUUACUGUAUACUCAAACGUUCCACAACGUGAAUUAAAGUUAGUUAAAUAUUCCUGUUACUAUUUCAUAUUAACCAGAUUAUAUCUCCACUUAAAUACAAUCUAAUAAAAAGUGCAUAUGCUUUCUGCAGUGUUCCAAGAUUUUAGAAAUGACAGGAACAGAGCAAGAUCCCUUUUGGUUAGAUGAGGGAAGAGCCAACAAUCACAGUCAUGUUUAAAAAAUGUGUUCUUAUAGUUUAAUCCAUCAGACAGGAUAACUCUUGUGUUGUGUGAUGACAUUUUAUGAGAAUGAGAUUGUAUAAAGAAUUGAGGGUGAGCAAGGACUAUGCUCCUCUCUUUUCAAAUAUCUCAAUAUAGUCUGCAUAUUUUGCAUAUUCAUCCUGGAAAGUAUGAAAGUGUACUUAUUACUGGAUGAUCAGUGAUGGAGAUUGAGUUCUAUAGGCAGAGAUUCUUAAAUCCCUCGGAACAAAGGGGAUGACAUCAUUGUGUCAGUAAAUGUUUGGAUUGUGAGUCUGAAUACGGUUCAUUUCCAAGCCUAUUGGAAAAUGUAACAGGGAACAUGGACAUAGUGGAAUGGUGAUGGUGAGUAGCAACUGUCCAGUGACUUUGUGAUGGAUCUUCAUUGUCCAUACUGGCCAGUAGUCUACCUAGGCAAACUAAAGAGAUCCUAUCUAUGCAUGUUAGAGGCUUCAGGAUAGUUGCUAUGAUGCCAGAAUUUAGAGUUGCACUUCAGGGCCAGUCUCAGUGGGUAUACUAACAUGAAUUACUAUCUGGACUCCACUUAAUUUUGGUUUUUCAGUAUCAGCCUCUAAAAGCUGGGAUUCCUUAAUUUACAAACAAUCAGAUCUAUAGCAUAUUAAGUUUCUAUCUACAAAUUAUCUUCCCCACCUUCCUCACAAACACAACACUUUGUUAAUGCUUGGAAAGAAGAGGCAGUCUUUUUAGGGCAUCCAUAUACAAAGUUGUCAGAAUUUCCAAAAUAUAGGUAGACAUCUUGAAUACAACAUUUCAGCUUUAUUCAUGUAGGCAUGGCUAUAAAUCUCAGGUAACCCCUUAUUCAGGAAUUGUCUUAUUUGGCAGAAUUCUUAUAAGACAUGACUCAACAAGCUUAGUCUCCUUAUUGCACAUACAAAUGGAGCCAUAUAAACAGAUUGUCCAGUGCAAUACACAAAAAUAAAAUUUAUUUAUAGGCCUAUGCUCCAGGAUUUAUAUUUUAGGAGGUUUUUUUCCUCUUGUCUUUCUAAAUUUAUGGACACCUGCCAUUCACCUGAUGGCCUUGAAAGACACCUGAUUUAUUUUAACAUAAUAGGUUAUUUCUAGAAGAUCUUGAUUCUUUACACCAGGGAUGUCAAACUGCCGGUCCGCAGGCCAGAUACAUCACACAGAAGCCAUGCCCACUCCAGCUCCAGCAAGGGAAAAAAGGUUGCAAUACGUCAUAUUAUGUGACGGGGCCAGUUUGACACCCCUGCUUUACACAGUCAAUCUGACAAUUUAUUCAGCAUCAACAAAUUUUGUCAGGCUUACAUUUUUUUAGUUAAAUAAUUUGAUCAGAUCCUAUUGAACGUACUAUGUCCAAUUCUGGGCACCAUACCCUAAGAGGAAUUCAAGAAACUGAAUUUACAGUUUUAAAAAUGGCAGCAAGAUUCAGAAGAUUAGGAAUUAAGUUUCAUUAAGAGAGAAUAAAAUAACUAGCAUGUUUAGCUUUCAGGGGGAAAAACUGAGAAUUUUUCAAACAAUGAAAACAGUGUGACACAAAAGAAUUGUAA